CAACUUGUCACUAAUAAUAAAAACACGCAGCUUUCUUUAGUAAUUAUUACUAUAUUAAUUUCAAUAAGCUUUUAUAUUCAAUUAAAAAUAAGAAGAUUAUAAGUAUACACCUUAAUAAACUUUUAAACAAGUAAAAAAAAAGAUGGCUCGCGGUAAAGAUAAGAAAAAGCGAAAAUUAGAGAAGAAGCAGGAAGGUGACGAUGUACCGAAAAAAGUGCCUCAUACGUUGGAAUCUCUCAGGGAAAAAGAUGAGACGAUGUUGGCAAAUACGGAAGCCGAGGAACAGGAAGAAGCACAAAAAGAUAUGGAAUUGGAUGAAUUAUCAUCUUACUUUGAAAAUUCUUAUGAGCCCAAGGUACUGAUCACUUACUCUGACAACCCUCAUGCUAAAACUAGAGUAUUUGGAAAGGAACUCUCGAGAAUGAUACCAAAUUCAUUAUCAAGAUAUAGACAAAGAUCAUCAGUAAAGAGAAUAGUCCAAUCAGCAAUUAGAGAACAAAUGACCGAUGUAAUUAUUGUUAACGAAAAUCAGAAGCAGCCAAAUGGUUUCCUCUUGAUACACCUACCAAGUGGACCCACAGCACAUUUCAGACUAUCAAGUUGUAAAAUUACAAAAGAACUUAAUAAAGAUCACAAGGAAAUAACAACACAUAGGCCUGAAGUGAUCCUUAACAACUUCAGUACCAGAUUGGGUCUGACAGUAGGACGUAUGUUAGGCGCACUGUUCCACUACGAACCAGAAUUCCGUGGCCGGCGCGCUGUCACCUUCCACAACCAGCGGGACUACAUCUUCUUUAGGCACCACAGAUAUGAAUUUACACCAGAUGGGAGACGCGCUAAGCUGCGCGAACUGGGGCCUCGGUUCACUCUCAAGCUGAUCUCUUUGCAGCAGGGCACAUUUGACUCGAAGCGCGGCGACUACGAAUGGAUCAUCGCCAGCCGCAGACACCAGAUGGAAACGUCGAGACGACGCUUCUUUUUAUAAAAUUAAAAUAGAUCUUGGUCA